AUGCGAUAUUCGGUCCUCGCCCACAUCUUGACGAGUUUGAAUGCAAGUCUGCCGCUGGAUGUGGCCAACUUCUUUCACUUCGUGGAGUUCUUCUCCGGCUGUGGUAUCCUGACGGCUGCAGUGGAAGCCGCUGGGCUACGUGUUCGUUCUUAUGACGUUCUCUCAAGCAAAUCCAUGGAUCUAAAUUCGGCCUUUGGUUGGACUUUGGCUCUGAAUAUGGUGCGGCAUGUGGUCGCCACGGGACUGAUUUGGUUUGGCAUCCCCUGCUCCACGUGGAUUUUCAUGUCAAGAGGAUCCUGUCGAAGAACGUGGUUUGUGCCGCAAGGCAUGGGGUCUGCAAGAUGCAGAAAUGGUAAUCGGCUGUGCCGUCGAAUGUGCUACCUGCUCCGCUAUGCAGUCGCCAAGAAACUCUACUUUGUCAUCGAAAAUCCGACAUCGACCCUGCUAUGGCAAUAUGGCCCGCUCAGAAAGCUGCUUCGGAAAAUCGGCGUGAUGAAGGUGAGCUUGCACCUUGGGAGUUAUGGGGCUUUUUCCCCGAAGGCUGUUACUUUGGUGGGCAACUGGCCAUGUCUUCGCGAACUGCCUCUGAUUUUCACAAAAGCGCGCAGGACAAAUCUGCGGCGAGUCCGCAGCUUCCUGAACAUCAAGACCACUACCAGGUGGAAGGACAAACAAGGCAAGCAACGAUGUGCGGGUGGAAAAGAUUUGAAAACAACACAGAACUACCCGGCCGGCUUCGGGAUCAAGGUGGGAUGA